CCUUCAUUACCUGGGGCACUAAUCUUCAUUUGCUCUUUAUACACAGCUCCUCUUAGUUUGACUUUGUCCACCGGUUGGACACAGAAACACGGCUGUUAUCUGGAGAUUUUUACGCAAUCCUCUCGGUUCUAUCUUUAUACUCUUCUUUAGGUGAACUAAGAAUCAAGGAUAACGAAAGAACGUCAAAUAUUUCAAAAAGAUGUGUUGUACAGGAAAGUGUGCACGCUUAGUGGGUUUGAUACUCUUGCCCUCUGCAUUUCUUUGUAUGAUCGCCAACCUGUUGUUGUUCUUUCCCAAUGGCACUGUUUUGGAAAAUGAUCAGAUCUCCCUACAGGUCUGGCUGAUGGGAGGAUUCUUAGGUGGAGGCUUGUUUAUGCUGUGUCCAAGCUGUUCAGCUAUCAGAGCUGGUGGAAAGGGCUGCUGUGGGAAGGGUUGCUGUGGAAAUCGUUGCCGCAUGCUGAGCUCUGUGUUUUCCUCUGCAUUUGGUCUAAUUGGGGCAAUAUACUGCACCAGCGUAGCAUCUGCAGCACUGGCUAUUGGACCAAAAUGCCUCCUGGCCUCAGGGUCCUGGGAGUAUCCCUUUGAGAACAUGCCCCAAGAUAAUUCCAGCUACUUGGUGGAUAAAUCUGAGUGGUCUCUCUGCAUAUACCCAGAAAAUGUAAUCCUGUGGCACAUCGUUCUCUUCUCCAUCAUACUAGGUCUGGGUGUCAUUCAGGUUGUGCUACUUGGCAUCCAGGUCAUUAAUGGCUGCAUGGGUUUUCUAUGUGGGGACUGUCGAAAAAGCCCAGAGGAUGAUGGAGGAUUGUGAAUGGAAGAUAUUAUCAAGACAUAAUCAACGAAUCAAAUUCCAUAAUAGAUCUUUUGUUCGCUGAUAGGUAGCAGCUACACUCUGUAUACUGUAUCUAUUUAUUACAAUGACCUAUCUACAUGAUCGUGUGAUAUAUAAAAAUACAAUUUUAUCAAUUUUGUCUUUAAUUCACAACAGGAUCUAUGUUCUUUAGUGCAUUUAUUGUAAGUCAUCUGAAAGCAAUAUUCCAUAUGUGAACAUUGUUUCUACAGUACACGGUGUCAACUUUGCACACUGUGCUAUUUAUCCUGCUAUUACAAUCAAUUAUUAAACUUGAUAUGGCAGGGAUAUGUAUUAAUUAUCAACUAAAAUUGAGCAACAUCUCUAAAAUAGAGCUUGAAGCUCUCAGGGUGGACAAUAAAAUUGGUUUUACCUUUGACUCCA